GUGAUUCCAUGGCCGUGACCGUGAGCCGUGACCGUGACACCGCGACCUCCCCUAAAAAAAAAAAAAAAAAAAAAGGGACACGGCAACCCUCCGUUCCCUCGCUAUAAAUCUCCACUUCCGGCCUCAGAUCGCGAAGUCACCGCACCGCCGCUGCGAAGGCGAACGAAGCAAGGCUCUCCGGAUCGUCUCGUCAAGAUGCAGAUCUUCGUGAAGACUCUCACUGGCAAGACCAUCACCCUCGAGGUUGAGUCCUCGGAUACAAUUGACAAUGUCAAGGCAAAGAUCCAGGACAAGGAGGGAAUCCCGCCGGAUCAGCAGCGCCUGAUCUUUGCUGGCAAGCAGCUCGAGGAUGGGCGGACGCUCGCUGACUAUAACAUCCAGAAGGAGUCCACCCUCCACCUUGUGCUCAGGCUCAGGGGUGGCAUGCAGAUCUUUGUGAAGACCCUCACUGGAAAGACCAUCACAUUGGAGGUCGAGUCCUCAGACACUAUAGACAACGUGAAGGCCAAGAUUCAAGACAAGGAGGGCAUUCCACCAGACCAGCAGCGCCUCAUCUUUGCUGGAAAGCAACUUGAGGAUGGCCGCACUCUUGCUGACUACAACAUUCAGAAGGAGUCCACCCUCCACUUGGUGCUCCGCCUCCGUGGUGGUAUGCAGAUUUUUGUGAAGACGCUGACUGGCAAGACCAUCACCCUGGAGGUCGAGUCUUCUGACACGAUUGACAAUGUGAAGGCAAAGAUCCAGGAUAAGGAGGGCAUCCCGCCGGACCAGCAGCGCCUGAUCUUUGCUGGUAAGCAGCUUGAGGACGGCCGCACCCUGGCGGAUUACAACAUCCAGAAGGACUCUACACUUCACCUGGUUCUGCGCCUCCGUGGUGGCCAGUAAAGGUCUGGGUGGUUUGGGGUACUGAGUGGUUUGGGGUACUGAGUUUAGUUUGUCGCGUCUCAUAUGUUGUCCAAGUUACUGAGUUCAGUUUGGCGUGGCCGAGGUGAGGUCGAGUCGAUCUGUUGUCGAAGUUUCUGAUAUGAUCGAGUUGCAUAGUGUUCUGCAAAACAUAUUCUGCUUGCUGUAGCAGCUUGAUUGUUGUAAUGGUUAAGUGAACAUGGUUUCUGUCUUGGCAUACAGAAUUUGUUUCUGUUACUUUGCAUUUUAGCUGGUCUGCUGAUCUCGCUGU